CUUCGAAAAAACUUGCACCGGACUACAGUUUUAUAAGAGUGGAUAGACCCCCCUGUUCGUCGUCAAGCACACAACCUUCUCCUUGAAAUGGCCUUCCCCUCGAGAAUCCACGUAGCUGUGUUGCUUGUUUCUGUCUGGCUCGCCUUUGCUCUGGCACAGCCUUCCGUGAAUUUCACCGUAAGCCAUGAUGGCGACACGGACUUUCUGACCGUCAAGGAGGGUCAGGUGCUUCCCUUGAAUAUCACCAUCACCAACAGUGUCUAUUCUGGCAUUAUAAGCGUCGCCAGCACGGACGAAGGCACGUUCGAGGUGGUCAACGCCACGGAAUACACCAUCGUAAACAGCUCAGAUCUGCCGCUGGUCAUGACCGUCCGCGUCAAGGGCAAAUUUGUUGGCAUCGAGAGGUUAAGACUCCGCCUAGCCCAGACGGCGGGCGCGGUGGGAGUGGCUGUCGGUGAGUACACCAUCAAGGUCAUCCGGGUGCCCACCAUCCUGGACAUCCUGUUCACUUACGUCCUCCUGGUGUGGCUGUGCCUGUCCUACGUCACCACGGGGGCAAAGAUGCAGCCCAAGGUCAUCUGGAGCAAGAUGAAGCCGCCAUGGGGGAUCCUGAUCGGCAUGUUGGGCCAGUUCAUACUGAUGCCCCUCUGGGCCUUCGCCCUGACCAAGAUUUUUGCCCUGGAUAACGAGACGGCCCUGGGCCUGAUUUUUGUCGGCACCUGCCCCGGCGGCUGGCUCAGCAACAUCUUCAGCCUGCUCUUGGACUGCGACUUCGUGCUGAGUCUCACCAUGACCUUCUGCUCCACCGUCAUGGCCAUGGGCCUCAUGCCCCUCAAUCUCUUCAUCUAUGCCACGCCUAUCGUGGCGGAGAACGCCCAACUCAAGACACCCUUCGUGGAGCUGGCCAUCCAGCUGAUUCUCCUCGUCAUCCCCAUUGGGAUCGGCAUGGCACUUUGCUACAAAUUUGAAAAGUUCAAGAAGAUCUGUGAGAGUCUUCUCAAGCCGCUGGCUGGGAUCCUGAUCCUGCUGGCGCUGGGGCUGGGUAUAUCCUCCCAGCUCUACAUUUUCCAGUCCCCCUGGCAGGUGUGGGUGGUCUCAGCCCUCCUGCCCAUCGGCGGGGUCAUCUUGGGCGGUGUCAGCGCCAAGAUUGUUUGCCUGCCUAAGAAGUCCGCCAUCACCGUGGCGCUGGAGACGGGAGCGCAGAACGCGCUCCUGGCCAAGACCAUGUUAGAUCUGUUCUAUCCCCGGCCGGAGUCCGACCUGAUGGGUAGAGUGCCGCUGAUGGUCGGCCUCCUCGGCCUAAUAGAGGGUACUGUCACCACCUUAACUUACGUUCUGAUCCUGAAUACAUGCUGCCGGAUGGACGAAGACCAAGAGGUGCUGGUGAAGGAUAACAACGAUAACGAGAAGACCGAGCAAGAUGCCGAGAAAGCAGACAAGCAAGCGGAAAGCAAGCAGAAAGAAGGCCAGAAAGCCGAGGAGGGUGUACAGACGACCUUCCAUGUCGACAGUCCGGCAGAUCAAGUUCACGUUAACCUCGUUUUUGAUAGCAAUGAAGAGAUCGAGCACAAUUUGUAA